AUGGCUCAUCAACACUGCAUAUCAUCGCCUGUUGACAGUGACAGCGCGGAAGACAUGAUGAAUGUGAAUGAUAAUGAUGAUGACAAUGAUGAUAGUGAUGGCAUAGCCUCUGAUUCCAGCAGAGAGAUCAAUCUGACAGACUCAGCUAAUUACAGAAAAGACAGCAAGAAUGAUAUCAGCAAUCUGACUGACCUACUGACAGGUGAUAAGCAUCUUUCAGAAUAUUAUAUAAAUAUAAUGACUGACUCAGAUGAAUUCUUACUUCAAUACAAUAAAUAUGUGUCUAACUCUCAAAAGCUGCUUGACUGUAUUAAGCAGGAAUAG